AUGCCCCAACAACGGGCUCCGUGGCUUGCCCGUUUUCUAUCGGACUUCACUCUGGGCUUCUCUGAUGGCCUCACGGUGCCAUUCGGCCUCACAGUAGGGCUCAGCUCCCUUGGGCGCACCCAGACAGUCAUCUACGCCGGCCUCGCAGAGCUAUGCGCUGGAAGCAUCAGCAUGGGAAUCGGUGGCUACUUGUCAGCCCUAGAUGAUGUGCGCUCCUCAACGCAGCGCCGCAAAGCAAAUGACACACCAUUUGAAGAUGACCACCUGGAAGAGCGGAGAGGCAUGCUGGAUACCACCGCAGAUGAUGAGAAGGGUAGCGACGCGGAGCGUAUCCGCCGCUACCUGGGGCCCCUUGAUCUUCCCGUCGACGCGAUUGAAGACCUCUUAUCCAGGAUCAAGGAGCGAAAAGAUGGCCUUUCACAUGCUGCUUCUAGAAUUUCAUUGGAAAGUGAACAUAUUUUCGAAGAUCAUCAAAGGCCCUACAACAUACAGCCUCUCAUCACUGGCCUGUCCAUUUCACUAGGCUACAUUAUUGGAGGACUCAUCCCCCUCCUUCCUUACUUUUUCAGCUCUACAAUCGGUACAGGGCUGUGCUGGAGUAUUGGAUUCUGUUUGUUUGCUUUGUUUUCGUUUGGUUUCGGGAAGGCCUGGUUCAUGGGUGAUGAAGAGAUUCGCUGGAGGCGCUGUCUCUGGGAAGGCCUACGGAUGUUGGUAUUGGGAAGCUUAGCCGCUUCCGCCGCCGUUUUAUGCAUUAAUUUGCUUGGAACUCGAGAGCCGCAAGCCAGUUGA